GCCUUUGGUGAUAAGAAAUAUUACCUCACUAAUCAUUCGGAACGAAAGUUGUUCCCAAAAUAUGGUCCUAGUGUAUUUGUUGACGAUAUUAUGGAUCAAGAUAUAAAAGAGAUAUUUUUAAGAGAGGAUUUUCAGAAAGCCAAUAAUAUCGGAUUACUUGAUCUAAAUGAUUUUAAUAAAAUUCUGAAAUAUGAAUUGCCUAAGCAACCAAGUCUAGACUGGAACCCUAAGUCUUCAUCUAUUCCUAAUAGAUGUUGGCUUAAUGCAAUUUGGGACUAUAUCUUAGAUUCCGAUUGUAAUUUAGAUUUAUUUGAGAAAUAUCCUCUUCUUCCUAUUGAUAAACCUCUUAAUCCUAAAAUCGUUUCCGAACAACUUGUUUCGUUAAAUUCGUCAAAUCCAUUAAUUCGGUAUCCUCUUAACUUUAAUCAUGAACCUAUGGUGUUGGUUCUUGAAAAACUUGGUGUUCGCUUUACAGACUUUCGUAAAGCUGAACCAUUGAAGCCAUAUAUUUAUGACUGGAAUCUACAAAAUGUGUUGCGAAUUAUUGGAAUCCUGCAGAAGUUUAAGGAUAUUCCAAUGGAAAAAUUUCUUAAUCCUUUGGAUUCAAAGGAUAGAGAAUCAUUCAGGAGAUUUGUAAUUGAUAAUUGGUCUAAUUGGUCUGAAUUAGGACAUG